UUUAUGGCUCAAUGGCUGAUGCUGUCUGCAGGGAGUAAAAAUAGCCACUAGGUAGAAGGGGAAAAGAGUGGAAGAGAAAGAAGAAAGAGCCCAGCAGCAAUUAUGGCAAGGAAAACUCCAAAAUCCAAGAGACGUCGCUCUUCUCCAGCUUCCUCCGCCUCUUCUAACGCCAUCAGAAAAAUCUCCGACGGUAGUGAUAAAGAGAAGCGAUCGAAGUCAGCAAUGAAACCGAAGAGGAUACCGAAGAAGAAGAGUGUGAAACUUGAUGCUAAAAAGCCCAAGAAGCCCCCGACUGCUUUCUUCUUCUUCCUGGAGGAUUUUCGUAAGGAUUUUCAAGAGCAGAACCCGGAUGUCAAGUCAAUGCGUGAUAUUGGGAAGGCAUGUGGUGAGAAGUGGAAAACAAUGAAUUAUGAGGAAAAGGUUAAAUAUUAUGAUAUCGCCACAGAGAAAAGAGCUGAGUUUGAUAAAGCCAUGGCAGAAUAUAUUAAGAAAAAGGAAAACGGUGAAUGUGAAGAAAUUGAGGAUGACUCUGAGUUUGACGAGUGAGGUUCUAGGAUUGUUGUCUUGGAUAAUCAUUGUUUCGGUAGCAGUAGGAGGUACAUGAGGGGACAAGUUGUAUAUCCACUUAUGAGCCACUUUGGUCAUCUCUUUUAUUGAGGUUAUCUGUCUAUCGUUCUUGUGUAAUUGUGUAAAUUACUACUUGGCAAUUGCAUCUAGGUGAUUUCAGAGAAGAUUUAAUGCUUAAUAUGAAUCAAGUGAAUAAGAAGAAUAUGGUAUCUAUUGAGAAUUGUUACUGUUCCCAAAUGUUUAGCUCCUGGAAUUAAUUGUUUUCCUUGGUUUUA